AAAGUAAAACUUGUGAGGCAGCACGAAUCAUGGUCAUCAUCACAAAAGAAAGGCCCGAUCACAGCUCUCUCUGGCUGAAUUGACUGUGGUCCGAAGGAGCCGCAGCGACCGACGAGGAGAAGAAAAGCAAAAAAAAAAAAAAAAGUUUCUAGAAGCCUGUUGGAAUUUGGGGGGCAUGUCGGGCCGCAGCGGAGCAGCAGCGCCCCGGGGGAGCAGCAGCAACCCCAGCCUGCAGCCCCUCAGAGCCACGGUGCCCUACCAGCAGCUCCAGAGGGGCUCCGCUCUGCUCUGCAGGGAGGUCAAGACGGACAGAACCACAGCUCGGCCACCGAAACCCACCAUCCGCCGAACUCUUUCUCUGGACGCAAUCUUGGCUCCCUACCUGCAGGGCCAGUGGCCCAAAGAGGCCGAGAGCACGGCGGUUACCUGUGUCAACGACAAGGCCACGCAAACCCCGAGUUCGUGGGCUGAGGAGACCCGAGGGAGGAGAAGUGUUGGCGGACACAAGCGCUCGGCAUCUUGGGGCAGUGCAGAACACCUGAGGGAGGUGGCCAAGCUGAGGCACCAGUUGCAGAAACGCUCCCGUCACGUCCCUCCUGCGGCAGGAUGCGAGCAGCCCCACCACCCCCUGCCGGCAGGUCACGCAGCCGGCAUCACUCAGACGAUGCCCCUGAUGCCUCUGAACAGACUCGUCCCGCGGCUGCGACGGAGCGUUGAAGGUCUCAACCUGGAGCUGGAGGAGGUGUUUGUGUCGGAGAAACAAGAUGAUCAGCUUGAGAUUCUGGAUAUCCCAGACGGCCACAGAGCUCCUGUACCUGCCCAGAGAUGCAGCAGUGGCUCCCAGAGCGAGCCCUCACCGGGGCCCCUGGAUCCUUCCCUGCUCUCUCCAUCUCAGUCCCCUUGUCCUCUCGACCCAUCGCUUCUGUCGCCUUCAAGUUCCCCUUUACCGCUGAAUCCAUCACUUUUAUCUCCAUCCCAGUCACCCUGUGCCAUGGGGGAGCCAGACCCUGUGGACUGUGAGACCUUGUGUACCUCUUCAUCAACUCUGCUUCCUUCAUUCGCACUGGAUCCUCCUCUGCUGCAGACCUGCUCGUCUUCACCUCGUCCCAGCAAAACCUACUCAUUUCAGCGUGAGCCGCCUGAGGGCUGUGAGCGGGUUCGAGUGUGUGAGGAGGCGAUGUCUGCUUGUCAGGAUGAAACUCUUCUCCAGCCUUCCUGUCCUGACCCCAAUAAAGUCAACUUUACCCCUCAUGGAGGCUCAGCUUUCUGCCCCGUCAGUCUCCUGAAGCCCCUGCUGCCGUCCAUGGACCUCCUGUUCCGUGGCCUCUCAGUGUCUCCGGUCACUGGCUGCUCAGGUCAGGCCUCUCCCACCAGGCACCUGGGGAUGCAGUAGGUGGGUCUCAGGACUAAACUACGUUUCACUGCCAGGACCUGCAGAAACUGGGCGUGUUUUACAGGAAGUGUGACGACUAAUUGCUGAGCUCAUUACUGCUGCAACGCGCCAUCAUCACUGUGAUCACAACAAUGGACUUUGUGACUUUAAGAACUGAAUAACUGUGGCCUAAAACCUGGUUUGUUACUUUCUUCUACUCAGAGGAGGCCUUUGAUUCUGCUGAUAUUUUCCUCAUCAGCACCUAAUUUGCCCCAGUAUUCCCCCACGUGAGGCAUGGAUUAUUAAACUGCAGGACUUCAGUGGGAAAAUGCUGAAAAAGAAAGGGUUCUUUUUGAUAAAACUGUUCUAGGUAUGUAUCAGCUGUUCAGACAAAAACAGCAGUCUGUCAGGGAUGUUUUCAUUUUUAGUAAAUUCAGUCAAAAAGCAAAGCACUUAGAACACAUGUUGACACAAGUAUUACUUCCUUACUAUCCCUAACUGUUGGUUAAUUUGCUAGUAGAGCAUUGCUAAGUUUAGAUACUCAAUUUGAGAGGCUUAAUGGGUUUGUUCCUUUAAAUUUGCUAAAAAUCUGUUGAUUGAAAAGAAAUAUUUUUGGCCUGUAGUUUCCAAUGGCCUCCUUUUUCUACAGAUGUGUUUCUAUGUAGGAAGAUCUAUAUUUUUGUAUCUUUGUAAGGAGUAAAGGAGCUGAAAUGUCUUUCUGUCUUUCAGGAAUGGACUUUUUUUAGUAGCUUUACAUGCCUGCAGCAGGCGUUGUUACAACCAAACUGUUUUGGACUGGGUCCCUCAAUCUGAGCCUUAUUUUGGACCCUGCGGUUCUGAUCACAGAGUGUCACCGAAGAGGUUGAUUUUAGUUUGUUUGAGUUCCUAUUCAAAUGCAUAAAGCACAGUCUUUGUUAGCAUGUUCCAAUGCAACACUGAUUUAAGAAAAACAUCACCUACAUGAAAACAAUUGAGCGAAGAAUAUGUGAUAUUUGUCAGCUCUGCUUUUUCACACUUGAUUAUUUCACCGUCUUCUUAUUUUUAGGGUGAUAACAGUUAAAAAGAUUUAGUAUGCUGUUGUGAAAUAAAUAAAAUAACCAUGUUUUGCUGGGCGUACACAUGCCUUCCACGGUAA